AUGAGGCGUGCCGCGCGGCGCGCUGGCGUGUGGCUCGGCGCGGGCGGCCAUUGGCCCGGCGCGGGUGUGCGCGGUGACGCGCGGCGCGGCGGUGCGGGUCCCGAUUGCUGCAGCCGCUUGUCAGUGUGACGAAGAUUGGCACCCAGGUUCCUGUCCUGCACCGGUACGUCAGUGGGAUUCACUCUGCUGGGAUGAGAUAAUGGCGUCUUCAACCCACUGAAGGAAGGAGGGGGUUGUUCAUGCUUAUGAUGAUUUGACAUAAUUAACAUAUUCUUAACCAUGAUGGCAACACAGACAUUAAGUAUAGACAACUAUCAAGAUGGACAACAGAUGCAAGUAGUAACAGAGUUAAAAACUGAACAAGAUCCCAACUGCUCUGAAACUGAUGCAGAAGGGGUGAGUCCUGCCCCUGUAGAAUCUCAAACUCCAAUGGAUGCAGACAAGCAGGCCAUUUACAGGCACCCACUAUUUCCCUUGUUAGCACUAUUAUUUGAAAAAUGUGAACAAUCUACCCAAGGCUCAGAAGGCACAACUUCUGCAAGUUUUGAUGUAGAUAUUGAAAAUUUUGUAAGGAAGCAGGAGAAAGAAGGAAAACCCUUUUUCUGUGAAGAUCCAGAGACUGAUAAUCUGAUGGUAAAAGCAAUCCAAGUUCUACGUAUCCAUCUGCUUGAGCUAGAAAAGGUUAAUGAACUCUGCAAGGAUUUCUGUAGUCGCUACAUUGCCUGCCUGAAGACAAAAAUGAACAGUGAAACUCUAUUAAGUGGAGAACCUGGAAGUCCUUAUUCACCUGUGCAAUCUCAGCAAAUUCCAAGUGCCAUUGCAGGCACACUCAGUCCCCAAGGGAUUAUGGUGCCAGCAUCAGCAUUGCAGCAGGGAAAUGUAACUAUGGCAACAGUGGCAGGGGGGACAGUAUAUCAGCCAGUCACUGUGGUCACUCCACAAGGUCAAGUAGUGACACAAGCACUGUCGCCUGGGACUAUUCGGAUUCAGAAUUCUCAGCUUCAGUUGCAAUUAAACCAAGAUCUAGGCAUCUUGCAUCAAGAUGAUGGCUCAUCAAAAAAUAAAAGAGGAGUUCUUCCCAAGCACGCUACAAAUGUGAUGAGAUCUUGGCUUUUUCAGCACAUAGGGCAUCCAUAUCCAACAGAGGAUGAGAAGAAACAGAUUGCAGCACAAACAAAUCUGACACUACUCCAGGUUAAUAACUGGUUUAUCAACGCUAGAAGGCGAAUUCUUCAGCCAAUGCUGGAUUCCAGUUGUUCUGAAACUCCAAAAACAAAGAAGAAAACUGCUCAGAACAGACCAGUUCAGAGGUUCUGGCCUGACUCCAUUGCCUCAGGAGUUGCUCAGCAGCAAUCUAAUGAGCUCACAAUGUCAGAUGGUGCUGUUGUAACAAUUACAGCUCCAGUCAACAUGAAUGUAGACAGUCUCCAGUCCUUGUCAUCUGAUGGUGCUACUUUGGCUGUUCAGCAAGUUAUGAUGGCAGGGCAAAGUGAGGAUGAGUCUGUAGACAGCGGUGAAGAUGAUGGAGGAGAUCUCUCAACGACAAAUAUCAGUGGGCUGGUUUUGGAUAACAGCGAUUCUCUGCAGUAGGAAGCAAGAGAGUGUGACAAAACGUUUAGGAAAAAGAAUGGACUGACUGACUGUUUUUAUAGUUUGCACAGCAAACAUUUUACACAAGUUUUAUUUCUAAUAUGUUUUAUAUGUAGAUAUAGAAGGGUGCACUUUUUUGUAUUUCAUAGUAAGCUUAAAGAGUGUUUUUGCAGGUGCAGCAACUUCUUUCAAAUGUGUUUUUUCAUUUCUUUUAAUUUUCUUAUUUCAGAAAAUUAUAUCUAGUAAUAUAAAGAACCACGUAAGCACCCCUUUAUUCUCUGAAUUGGAAGUGCUGCAGUUUCUAAAGAAUUAUGCAGUUUCAAUUAGUGCUGUUAUUUAACACAGCUCUUGAUGGGCAGGUGAUGUAAAUUUGAAGCAUGUGACACUAGUGUGUGGAAAUUGAUCAUUAAGUUUGAUGCAUAUAUUUGAAAGAUGCUUCUGCACCUUAAAAACUGCUAGUCUGAGGUGGACAGCAACACACACAAAAAGAAAAUGGUGAUGUGUGAUUCGGUAGCGAAUGUAUGGCAACUUAAGUUUAGUUUCUCUCAUAGUCCGUGAGCCUGUUUAUCAUUUGCUAUAAAAACUCCUAUUUUUACCUUGCCGGGAUUAUUGGAUAAAAAAUAUUUUUAUAAAUUCAUUAGGAAUUGGGAUGACGACUGUAUUACGCAGGAGGGAAAAAAAAAAAAGAAUUUCCAGAGGGGAAAAAUAAAUGUUUAGUAUUCCUAUUUGGAAGGUCUGAAAACUGACCAAAUUUAAUAAACAAGCCUAUACUAGCGUUCUAUGAUUCUCAGCUAUCCCACAGUGAUAUAGUAUAUUUGAUAAUAGCAUAAGAAGGGCCCACUGUUUGAUGGGAUUUUGAUAUUGUCAAACAUUGAUUUAUAUUAUGUGUAAACUAAUAUUCAAAUUACAUUAACUCUGUAUCUAGACUUGUAUCUGAAGAUAUUUGCUAAAUGAGUAUUCAGGUAAGUAAAUUGAAAUGCCUACGACACUUCCAGUUAUUAGAGAAAUUUAAGAGUUUAUAGUUUGUACAUCUGAUUCUGAAAAGUGAAAAGAUAUGUACUAUACAGUCAUGAAUUCUGCUAUCACUAUUUCAUUGCAUUUGAAAUAUUUUCCCCCAAUACAAAAAGUAGUAUAAUUUAUGAAUUUCUUUAAAAUUUUUUCAAAUCUGAAGGUCACUAGCAGAAUACACAGCAGGCUUUAUUAGAGUAGAAAAUCCUUUUGUCAUUUAAAAUCUAAGAGCUAAUGAUGGAAACAUUUUUUUGUGGUAACAGUCCUUCUAUUUUUUUCCCCCAAAGUUUGGAGUCUUUCCGUUCAUCCAAGAGUGCUCACUCUUGGAACUUCAUGUUUCCCAUUGUUAAAUAGAAAUAACAGAUGCCAAGAGUCUUCACAGUAUGAUCAACGUCCUCUCUUCCUGUCCCUUUGUCCCUCUGUCGGAUUAGAUCAAAACCGGAAAUCUCUUCUUGUUUAGAUCAAAUCUAGUUGCAUUUCUAAUAUGACAGGGAAAAGGAUGUUAGGUUGUGGAAGCUUUAGACAUUGUAUUUGAGCAGAACUCUCUAGCAGAUGCAAAUAUUUAAUUGAAUACUUAAAUUUCUGUUUCACAAAAUACUCAGGCAUAUGCUUAGGUCCCAUUGAUUUUAAUGGGAUUUUAAAGCAUGUACUUUUUUAUAUGCUUAAAUGCUUGAAAGGAGGUCUUUAAAGACUAUCUUACAGGUCAUGUUUAAGUUGGUAUGAAGAAAAACUUCAGAAAGAAAUGUCUGUAACACUGGUACACAUACAAGGAGAAUGAUACUAGUUUUAAGUGACUGGUAGCUGUUUUGAAAACCUGGGCUUUACUCAUCACUAGUGAUGUUUCUGCAAUAGCUUUCAUUUAUUCAUGACUGAGGAUUUUGCUUACUAGUUCAAAGACUGUAAUGAUCUGUUCCUGCUGGAGUGUGAUAAUUUCUAAAGAAUUUUUGUUCUUCUAAGUUCUCUCCUUUGCCACUAAUGUGACAUGUUUGUGAAGAGCAUAACUUGCAAAUGACUCAUGUAAGAUUUAAUUAGGAAGAUUUUGACAAAGCAUAACUAUCCCAAAAGCUAUUGUCAAAUCCAAUUCAACCCAAAAAUACUUCUAAAAGAAAGCUAUCAUGUACAGAUCAUGCUCCUCUGGAAACAUUCAACCUACUGCUCCUACAAAGGAUACCUAAGAUGACUAGAACUGAGACACAAUUUUUUUUUUUUUUUUAAGACUCUACAAGUACUUCAUCACCCUCACAAUUUCCAUUAUGUAAUUGGCUAUGCUUUUUGAUUUCUUUGGGGGGGAUUAUUCAGCUACCCUUCUUCACGUUUAAUGGUGUGCUAAAUUUUGUAUCCUGUAGGCAGCUGAGUAAUGACUUCUCAGUAGGUACAGGGCUAUGGUCGAAUCUGUGUGGUAGAAGAACAAGUCAUUUCUCACUGUCUCCUUUCCCUCCGUGAUGAGUUAUCACUGCACAACAGCAGCACUUUCCUCACCAGCUUGAAGGUAUGCAAGGAAAUGGCUCGGCAGCAGAUGUAGGAGGGUAGCAAGUAGCCAGCACCAAAGGGAAGCAUGAACUAAACUGGGGUUUGUAGAUCAUGUGGCAAUGGGUAUUUGCGCCCGCUUUAAGACUAGCAGAACUGACCUAUGUUUAAAAUAAAAAAAGGUAUUAAAACAGCUUAAUAACUGCACAGCUGGCUGGAGUAUGUACAGUUGAUCUGCCAUCUUGAACUCAGUUAGAAACAGGCAUCAGGUUCUGCAAACUUCCAAAAGCUUAUUUUUUCAGGAAGAAAACAUUACCUGGUUAGCUUCUUCAUUCCCCCUCCCCACUCACACAUUUUACCAGAAGCUACAUGCUGAGACAUUUGUGACCUUGUCUUUAGCUGGUUGGUAAAUACCUGGAAAGUGAAGCUGAUGGAGGCUGCUAUGAAAGGGAGAAUAUGGAGUAGUUCUACUGUCAAAUUAGAAACACAAAUGUGGUCACGUCAGUUAUUAAAAUUGGAAAAGUUACCAAUAUAAUCCAAGAGAUUACUUAACAUAAGGAACUCAAACUCUUUUAAUUCGGUGAGAGUAGGGGGUAUGAGCUGCCUAGACAUGCAGCUUUCUUUUCACAAUCUGGAAGAAAACAUGCUUCCUUUUUUGCUGUGUAAGAAAGACUGCUGGUUUAAACAAAGCAUCACUAUUCUGUGGUAGUUGGAAAAAAAAAAUGUUUACAUGAGACAGUUAUGUACAAAGUUUUUAUAGGGAAUCUAACAUUAAACCCAUGUAUAAUUGCCCCUUACCCCCAAUUAAAGUUGUAUUGGUAGGCAAGAGAAGAGCUAACUUGGUUUUUAAAUUACUGCAAUUCUUAUGCAAACAUAAUUAUUGAAACUUUUUAUUUUUUCCCAAUGUAAUCUAGAUCACUAACCCAAAACAGAGUUUUCAGUCCACUUUUCCCAAGACUUCUGUGACAAGCAAGCUGAUUUGCCAUUAUUUUUUAACUUUAGAAACAACUUAAUUUAGUAAAUCAACUCCAAAUUGGUCAGUAUGUAGUUUUAAACGACUGUUCAAAAAAGAAAUGUUGGAAGACAUAAUUGAUAGGCAUGGCUCUGGCUCUGCAGAGACUUUCCUCAAUCUGGAUAUUGGGUCAAAGUGGAGUCCAGCUGACCUCAGGGAAACUCUGUAAGGGCUGCAUGUUGGGCUGCAUUUACCUACAAAGGAAUUGCUUCCCUCUUCUGGUCUAUGAUCACGAUUAGGGACCUCUUGGAGAGCCCUUCAGCUUUCUUCUGCAUGUAUGCCUAGGUUUUCUUCCAGAGGAAACCAGCGUGUGGGUGAAGGGAUUAGAAGGGAAGAACUUCAUGUGGUCCUGCUGUGCACAACGCAUCAUUUUGAUGUCAAAACAUGGCCAGAAGACAGACCCACGCUGGAGGAUUAGAGUUCCCAGUUCCUCUGUCCUAAAAGUAGCUUCAGGUUUAUGGAUCUUCUUUUGGAGCAGGGCCACAGAGACUUACUGCAUGAAUAGUAGAGCUAUUUGUUUCUCUAAUCACGUGGGGAAAAAGAAUUAGAAGGCAGUUCAGCUUCCUGACCUUAUGAACUUGACAGCCCCAAAGGGUGAAACAGUCUUUCCAAGGGAUGAUAGCUUCAUAAAACUAUUAGACUUGUAGCAGCAGUUAAAAAGAAAAUAAUGUAUUUUGAAAAGCUGAAACACAUGCAUUUAACUGUAAUUAAAGUUGAUUUAAGAUUUAUUUUCUGAAGCUGAGUUGUCCUGAGGAAAAAAAAAUGAAUAAGCAUUUGUCUAUGCAAGACAUGAAUGUCAAAAACGUUGUGUGAAUCUCCCAUUUUUAGGUGCUAUAUCGUUGUUGUCUUUCUGGCUUCUGUUACUUCGACUGAUCUUUUAAGCCUUUCAGCCUUAUAUUCAGCUUGGUUUUCAGAGUUGAAUAGGCAAGAAAUGUAGUUUUGGAAUCCUGUUGGAAAUGUAACUGAACUUCGUUCCCUCAUGAAAACCUUGCAUGUUAAACAAUUACCUGAAAUGUUUUGGUUUCCUAAGAAUAAAUUCAAACUGUCACCACCUCCUAAAACCAGAGCAUGUCUAUGACAAUGCAAGUUUAAUUGUAAUGUCAAAUCAUCAGCCGUGGGCUGAGUACUCUCAGCUCUUUACUGUUCAGGGUAGCUGGAUAGUAAGUAAAGCUGGCUGGUUUUGUCAAGCUCCCCCUCGGUGUGGAUUCCACACGCGCCCCUCCUUGGCUUGCUGAGCUCUUUCAAUUGGUUCUGGGUUGUUUAAUUUUAAGUCCUAAAGUAACUUGAUCAUCCAAUGUAAAGUGUAGUGAAAUUGGCACUAAUGUGCUCUCAAGUGAUUGCCCAAAUCAUGUUAUUUGUUCAUUCUUGUCACCUGGAAAUAUAAAAAUGUUUUUUUCUUUUUUUUCCUGUGACUCGGUUAUUUAGGACCUGCUGAGUGAUCACAGCUGUUUUUUGCCAGCGAAAAGCAAUGUGCAAGAAAGCAGUGAAAUGCCUUACCAACUUUGUAGACUACUAUAAAGAUCUUUACCUUGCGUUAAUCGAAUCCAGUGUUUUCAGAUCAUGACAGAAAUGGCCCAUAAAUCUGCCAGUGGGUUGGCAACGUUUGGUCUAUACGAUGGACAAUCUUUAAAAUGUAAACCUGAAACUUUUUUUUAGCCCUUGGUUGUUAAGAGACUUCUGAAGCAACCAAUCUAUCGAAGGAUAAAAUUAAAAAUCAGAAUGUGCUUCAUGGAUGACUUAUUUUUACACUACUGUUCUCUGUGAACUGGAAAAGCACAUUUUUAAAGCGAAGCAUUCGCAUUACUUUAGCAGUAUUGUUUGGCUGAAAGACACAGUUUUGAGAAAUCUUGAGCUAAGUUUCAAACUAUUUAACCAGUUUUUGGCCAGGGGCAGUCAGUCUUGGGCCUUUUUGUUUGUUUGGGUUUUCUUGUUCAUGCAAAUGAAGAAAAAUGUUUACUAGUCCUUAACAGUAUGGGGAUUUUUAUUAUGCUUUUGUAACGCAGGAGCAGCUUUGAUGAAAGAAAUAAUUAGCAGGUAAAUAGUCCAUAAUGUGUGUGACUUUGGGGUUUCUUUUUGUUGUUGUUUCAAAAUUGUUAAUUAAAAUGGCAUGGACAUCAAACUUUCAAUAAUGGUUCCAAGCAUAUAUGGUAUGUAUUCUUAUCUGAAAAGGAUUCUUUGGUACGAGCCCCAUGUGCUGACUUGUUUAGCUGGGUAGACUGUAACAUGUUCCUGAAAUGAUGUCCUCCUAGGUCAGGAAUCGUCAGGAAGGGAGCAGCAGCCUAAUGAUAGAUAAGAUAGCACCUCCUCUCUAGCAAGAAACUCAAACUCACUUGAUGUGCGCGUCUUACUUAGCAAACAUGAAGACAGACAGCCUUCCUUGCGUGGCUGUGCCUUGCUUGGCAGAUGUGUUCCCUUGAGUGACAGCAGGAUGGAGGUCACAGCAGGGUGUGGGCACCUUCAGAGAUUCCUGGGAAUCUCAUGGGCCACAUCAAAACUGCUCUGGUGACCAGGCCAGGGCCUUCAUCUGCUCCAUGAUCAACUGCACAACAGCUGUCUUCCUGCACUGAAGAGCAUGCAAUUCUGGGCAUAAUUGACUGUUUUCAAGAAAAAUGGUCUUUUUACACCUAUCUACUUACUCCAAAAUAUGUCCCCAAGGUGUUUUGGAUGAUAUAUUGUUCUGGAAGCGUUAAUCUGUGAUUAACUGCAUAAUGUGUGUUCUAGAUGCAGGGGUAUUUGAACAGUUCUUUGUCUGACGUUAAAAGAGUGCCUGUGAGUAGCAUAACUCCCCAUGAUAUGACGAAAUAAUUUUAACUCCACUCUUCCCAGGGAGCAAAUUUUUCCUUAUAGAGAAUAAAACAAAACCAAAAAAAAUCCAGAGGAGAUGCACUUGAAUUACAGCCAGAAGAGCAUGUUCCUAGUCUGUUGAUCUCAAAUUCCCCAGCCAGAUGAAGGCGUGACAGGGAUUGGAAACAUAAUCAUAAGUAGCUGAUUAGCAUGUUUACUUUUGUGGAGCACCUGUUUACAAAAUGCUAAUCCUUUAUUAUCCAACUUAGGGCUGUUUCUAAAUGCCCCUCUUUGUAGAAAACCAGAGCAGUAUCUUCAGUGCUAAAAGGAAGGAAAAACCACGUGUGCACUGUAAAACGAGGAUACUGCAAACAGUAUCAGAGAAGGCUGGGACACCAGGCAUUAUUUAUUCAAAAUCCAGAUUGAAAUUCGUGCAUCUUCAGAGUGCUCAAGGUAUGCAGCAUUAUGCCUGUGCUUAAGAAAAUUAAGAAAAAUUAAGAAAUUAAGAAAAUUAAGAAAAUACAACAAAACUCCACCAUUUCACUACCCUAUUAACUUCUAAGGGCAACGCGCCCAUCCUAGGUCAGGCAUGGCUUGUCUUCCUGAUGCAGCUAAGAUGUGAUCUAAAGCUUAUGGAAGAAAUUGGGGGAAAAACACGGUUAUUUAUCUUCUCUGUUGGUCUUCCGACUUUUGUGUCACCACCAGCACAAGGCAGAAGGUUCAGUCUGACGGCCUUCUGGCCAGUAUUCCUAGCAUGCUUUUUUUGCUAAAUCUAUCACUGUACCCUAAAUACAGACUGAUGCAUAUACUAAAUGUAAAUGUUGUAAUAAAAUUGAAUUCAGAGAUGA